AUGAGCCAUACCUCCUCCGUUGCCAGCUCUCCCAAACGCAUCCUGGUACCUGCUUGUCUCCUGUGGGGAAAGGAGUCCACUUCCCUCCAAACCCUUAUUGACUCUGGGGCGGAUGAUAACUUCAUUCAUGCUGGACUGGCAGCGCGGCUUCAGCUCCCCCUGGAGGAACUCCCGGCUCCCCGUAAGGUCACCGCUCUCGAUGGCAGAGUUAUAGCCUCCAUCACCCACUGCACAGUUCCUCUCACCCUCAUCCUCUCCGGAAAUCAUCGGGAGGACAUCCGGCUGUUCCUGCUUCCAUCUCCUCACUCUCCCCUGGUGCUGGGACUCCCUUGGCUACAAAUCCACAACCCUCAGAUUAACUGGUCCACAUCUUCGAUCUCCGCCUGGAGCCCUCACUGUCACUCCCACUGCCUCCGCUCCGCCAAUCCUCACCUCCACCGACAGAAGUCAGCAUCUCCACCGCCAUCUCUCACCUCGGUUCCCCCCGUCUACCAUGACCUAGCAAUGGUAUUCAGUAAGGAGCAGUCUCUCAUUCUUCCUCCUCAUCGCCCCUAUGACUGCGCCAUAGACCUGCUCCCUGGAGCCCCUCUUCCCAGUAGUAGACUGUACAACCUCUCUCGGCCCGAACGAGAGGCCAUGGAGGACUAUAUUCAAGACUCCCUGACCUCAGGACUCAUCCGACCCUCAUCUUCUCCCCUGGCUGCUGGUUUUUUCUUCGUGAAGAAAAAAGAUUCCUCUCUCCGUCCCUGCAUUGACUUCCGUGGAUUAAAUGAUAUCACCAUUAAAAACAAAUAUCCCCUACCACUCAUUGAUCCCUCCUUCGAACCUCUCUGUCAAGCCACCAUCUUCUCAAAACUGGACCUCCGGAAUGCCUAUCACCUGGUUCGCAUCCGGGAGGGGGACGAGUGGAAGACGGCCUUUAACACACCCAUGGGCCACUUCGAAUACCUGGUCAUGCCCUUUGGCCUCACCAACGCUCCUGCUGUGUUCCAGACCCUCAUUAAUGAUGUCCUCCGCGACAUGAUUAACAAGUUCGCCUUCAUCUACUUAGAUGAUAUUCUGAUCUUCUCCCGAAACCUGGAGGAACACCAGCAGCACGUCCGACUCAUCCUUCAGCGCCUCCUCGAAAACCGCCUUUUCGUGAAGCCCGAAAAGUGCGAGUUCCACGCCUCCUCCGUCAGUUUCCUUGGUUACAUCAUCGCCCAGGGGGAGCUACGCCCAGACCCAGAAAAAGUCCGCGCUGUCCGUGACUGGCCCACCCCCUCCUCCCGCAAAGACCUCCAGCGAUUCCUCGGCUUCGCUAAUUUCUAUCGACGUUUCAUUAAGAACUACAGUAAGGUCGCAGUUCCCCUCACCCGGCUCACAUCCCUAAAGGUUCCAUUCUCCUGGACCCCCGAAGCAGACGCCACCUUCCAUCACCUCAAAGCCCUCUUCAUCUCCGCCCCGGUGCUCAAACACCCAGAUCCCUCGCUUCAGUUCAUGGUGGAGGUCGACGCUUCGGACUCUGGAGUAGGGGCCGUCCUUUCACAGAGGGACUCUCAGACCCAGAAGCUUCAUCCUUGCGCCUUUUUCUCCCGGAAACUCUCAGCCACGGAACAAAAUUACGACGUGGGAAACCGUGAAUUACUGGCUGUCGUGUGGGCACUGCAAGAAUGGAGACACUGGCUGGAAGGAGCUUCCCAACCGUUUCUAAUCUGGACAGACCACAAGAACCUGCAAUACCUCCGCUCCGCUCGUCGCCUCAACCCCAGGCAAGCCCGCUGGUCCCUUUUUCUCAGCAGAUUCAAUUUCACCCUCUCCUAUCGUCCCGGCUCCCGCAACCUCAAACCAGACGCCCUCUCUCGGAUCCACGCCUUGGAUACUCCGGACCCCAGUGAACCAGACACCAUCCUCCCCGCCUCCUGUGUCGUCGGCUCCGCCACCUGGGAGAUCGAUACUAUCGUGGACCAGGCCCUCCGGAACCACCCAGACCCCGGAACCGGCCCGCCGGACAGAAAGUUCGUCCCUGAGGUCGCACGCUCUCAGGUCCUACAGUGGGGGCACUCCUCCAAGCUCACCUGCCACCCCGGGUUUCAACGCACCCUCCAAUUCCUCCAGCAGCGGUUCUGGUGGCCGGGGAUGGUCCGGGACGUACGGGCGUUUGUUGCUGCCUGCUCCGUCUGUGCCCGAAGCAAAGCCUCCCACCAACCUCCGGCUGGCUUGCUGCGUCCUCUGCCUGUGCCUUCACGCCCCUGGUCCCACAUAGCCUUAGAUUUCGUCACUGGUCUCCCUCCCUCUGAAGGUAACACUGUCAUACUCACCAUCAUUGACAGAUUCUCCAAAUUUGUUCACUAUGUCCCUUUACCCAAGCUCCCAUCUGCCUUCCAAACUGCUAACCUCCUAGUCACUCAUGUAUUUCAAUUACAUGGGAUUCCCCGUGACAUCGUGUCAGAUCGUGGUCCUCAGUUUUCCUCUCAGGUCUGGAGAGCUUUCUGCCAGGCAGUGGGCGCAGCAGCUAGCCUCUCCUCGGGUUACCACCCACAGACCAAUGGCCAGACGGAGCGGGCUAAUCAGAACCUCGAGUCGGCCCUGCAGUAUGUGGCGGCCCAUCAUCCAGCGUCCUGGAGUACGCACCUCCCGUGGAUCCAAUACGCCCAUAACUCCCUCACCUCUUCAGCCACAGGUAUGUCCCCAUUCAUGUGCUGUUUUGGGUACCAGCCCCCCCUGUUUCCCGAACAGGAGCAACCUGUGGCCGUCCCGUCGGUGAGGGAGCACAUUGGGCGUCUACGGGAGGUGUGGAGAUCGGCCAGGGCCGCACUCACCCGCACGGCCGAGCGCAACAAACGCCUGGCUGACGUUCACCGCUCUCCAGCACCAGACUAUCGUCCUGGUCAGAUGGUCUGGUUAUCGUCUCGUGACCUUCCCCUGCAGACCGAGUCCCGCAAGCUGUCCCCCCGCUUCAUUGGUCCCUUCCCUAUCCAGAAAAUCAUCAACCCUUCAGCGGUGAGAUUAAAACUUCCCUCAUCUCUCAAAAUUCAUCCCACAUUCCAUGUCUCCUUGUUAAAACCUGUUGCCUCAUGCACCCUGAGCCCUCCUUCCGUCGCCCCUCCACCCCCCGAUUGA